AAACAACGGCGGCACAAUUACAUGAAAGAACUCUAAGCAAAUUUAGUUCUACGGCCAAUUUUGCUUUGAAUGAGCCUCAAUUUACUCGCGGUUCAGUUUUACUUUCAAUUUGUUCGAGAUCAAGCGAUACAAAAUGAAAUAUAGACAACAGCAUGGUUAUGCAGUUGAGUAGCCGUGUCAUUCCGUUAUCGCUGAUACGGAAAAUGUGGUUCCGGGGGGGACCGGACAGCGGAAGUGCAAUUGCAUAAAACGAGUUCUGAGGUAUUUGUAUGUUUAAAAAGGAGGUCUUUAUUACUAAAAUGUCGUCAAAUUUUAGGUUGAAACAAUCUAAAUAAGAAAAGUGAGUGCGAUUUAUCCGUCAAAAGCAUCCGGAUAAUAGAUAAGUUACAGAGGAAACAACUCGGGAUACCCCCUGACUCUCUCAGUGUCACGCGGUCACGCUGAAGGAAAUGAGGUUGCGCGAAUAACAAACUUAAGCUCAUUUAUGGACAGAGGAGGAGAUUCAGUUCUUGUGAUGAGUUUCGCUGCCGUUUAAUCCAGAUAUGAGCCUGCUCGAUUCCUCUUUGCUUUGCGAGUUCUUGAGAGAGUGUCAACUCCCCGAAACAAUCGAAAUUGUCGAAGGAUACGAUUCAAAUGAGUCCGCGGAAAUGUCUUGGUCUUCAGGCGAAACUGUUUACCUGCACGCCAUGAAGGAUGUGACUCAGGUUUUAGCUCUGGAUAGGAAAGGAAAUCGCUUUUGCAUCCCUCUUAACUACCCGGAGAAAAUAUUCGAGGGUAUUCCGAACAGAUGCAGCGAUAGGUAUGAAAAUGUUGGAGAACUUAUCGUUGACUUUCCGAAAUAUGUUCGUUCGCUUCAGAACAUACCUCAUAGUGGUGUUAAAGUUGGCGACAUACUUUGUCCUCUUGAGACAUCGUCUAAAGUUGCUGGUUGCGCGGAACUCAAGUGCAAGGUAGUAGGAAACGCUCGUCCGGUAACUCUCUCUGAGGACCAGCUUGGACCUUUUGAAACUCUCGAAGACAUUGAACCGAUUACUAUGCGAGACAUCACUGACAAGCAUCUCCUACCGACACGAGUGCGAGUUCGAGCUGGCGGUAGACGAUUCUGCAACCAGACAAACAUAAGCAAGGUGAUGUUGGAGGGAUUGUUUACUAUCCAAGAAGUAGCGCAAGAGAAGGUGUUAAUUGUUUAUACCCUAUAUGAAAAGGAUUUAAGAGUUGUGAAAGUUCCGAUUGACUUGGAAAUAAGAGUCAAAAGAAAGACUUCUAAACUUGAUCCAAAGAUGUUCACCGAAAUUUGUCGACGAAUCGAUGAGGAAGUGAACAUUGAGUCAACGAUCACAACCGGCAACAGGGCCGCAUCUUGGUUUUUCGACAUCUCAGAUACUGAACAAGACAUUGAGGCUGCACAACCUGAUGACUUCUAUGAAGAAAUAGUCCCUCGCCUGCCACCAAGAUCACCAUCAAAUAAACCAACGGGGCCAAAUUCAAACCAAUACACGAGAUCAAACAAACCACCGGAUAAUGAAAUACGUUAUGUUCUACCUUCCCAGCUGAAACCGCGAAGGAAACCUGACAGUCUUGUCGUUAAAAAGGAAACCGGGAACUCGGGACCACCUCCAGUUGCCAAAAAACCCAGUAUGGACAAACGGAAUUCUUGUCACUCUCAAAUGGUAACGGACAGUGACUGUCCAACUAACACUAAUUCGCGAAACGACGUCAAAUCCCAUACUGAACGAAGAAGGGCAGAAGCACAAUCUCACUGCAACCGACCUGAAAAGGCAGGAGAUAACACCAGACAUAACGGUGGCUCUCAGUCUGUUUCACCAGUUACGCCAAAAGCUGCCAAUAAACAUCAAGCGUCUGUUUUUUCUAAGGGAAGCACAAAACCGGUUUCCCCUACACUUUGGAAACCGAAGCCAAAUGACAACACACAAAAUCCACCAAAAGAGAAGUCACCAAACUCUCAUCAUCCCAUUCCACCGAUGCACGAUUCCAUCGUCUCAGAGAAAUGCCGCGAAAGUGAAGAGAAUCCAACUAAGUUGACCUCGAAAAACAUCAAGUCAAACACUAUAUCAAAAAGGCCAGAAGUAAACAACAACUGUAGCACACUCGGUUUGGCACAGUUGGACAGGGUAUUUAUCGGAGAUACUCUAGAUGUCUCACCUACAAAGGCGAAACCUGCAAGAGAACCUGUAGAUCCCAUCGCUGCCAGGGAAAGCGUCAAAGCGCUAUCUCUUCCUCUUGGCAAACCGACGCCAGAUGUGACCAAACGGAAACCAUUGGAGAAGGAAGAAACACUGAGCUCACUUCACACGCGCACUGGUUCACCAUUGGAAAAUCCAAGCAGUCGGUUUAAAAAAUCUGACAGUGAAGAGAUCGCAACUAAGGUGACCUCGCAUAACAUCGAGUCACACAAGAGAACUGUGAAGUUAGGAGGCGACGCUGGAAUGGUUCAAGGCCAAGCGGCUAAAGAACUUUUGGGAGGCAUUUCGGUGUCCGAAGUCUGUACAUGGCUAACCAAGCUUGGCUUAACUGAACAUGUGGACAGAUUUGAAAAUGAGUCGAUUGACGGGGAUUUGCUACUAGAGUUGGAUGCCGAAAUGAUGCUGCAUCUUGGAAUUUCAAAUCCAUUGCAGAGAAAGAAACUCGAGUUGUUUAUCCGCAAGGGCUGGACUCCAAAGAAAAGCUAAGAUUAAUUGAUCUACUAAUGAGGUUUUCUGUAAGAAUAGUGCUUACUGCACUCAGUAGUGUUGGUGCUGUAGCUGGCCAUAUUCCGGCCGUUUAAAUGAAUGAAUUAACAUGAAGAGAGGUUGAUUUCUUAUUUUUAUGUUAAGACACCAAAGCAGACUCAACGCCUGGUUAGCAAUUUUCUGUGAAACAGAGUGCCGAAAAGAGAGCAUGCAUGCAUUUAGCCAAAUUACAGUUAAGGACCCAAGUUCAAUAUUUCUCGGCUUUCGUCGAAGAAAGCACCACAAAUUGCUAUGCACAACAUAUAUUGCUGCUUCUAUUCCCCAAAACUCGAACACAUAAUCAUCGAAAGCCAUACGCAGCUGAAUUUUUGGUUCGUUUCAGCUCAGUUGCCUUGGUCAUGUAAAGGUGGGGGAGGGAUUGUAGGAGAAGUCGAAUGAGUUAGAUAUAUAGCAUAUUUGAUUAAACAAAACGUAUUCUUGCUGCUAUCGUUUACCAACAAGAUUGAGUGGUUCAUAAUUGGGAUGAAAUGAUAGUUCAUUCCAACUAUUAUUCAUUGCUCAAAUAAAAGAUCCUACUGAAGCAAUAAGCUUUAUGAAGAAGACUCCUGAAGCAAGAUUCUGAUUGCGGUCAAUAUAAUUAAAGAGUUGUAAAUAAAUGCUGAUUGGAUAACUGAAAAAAAACAAAAAAAAAACACGCAAAAACGCUCAUAAAUCGACAAUGACGACCACUGUUGCGCAACGUGGAAACUUCUAGACUUCCUUUCCAAAAAAAUCCGUGAAUAUUUAAUCACUUUGAUAUGGGUAAAACUUCACGAAUAAUUUUAAAAAAAUCAUUAUGCGUGACUUAUAACUACAUGUAAGAACUAUGUAUAGUUGGUCCAUUGUAUGACUAUAGUUUUCAGGCAUGUUUACUGAAGUACUCUCAGAUACUUCUCAUAGCCUGUAACAUAUUAAUUUUCACGUUGUUAUUGUUAGAUAGUUGUUUGUCGGUAUGUAGAUUCGUUGGUAUGCCGGUCGCGUAAUAAUGUUAAGAAGUGAACAUUUAAUGAGUUUGUCCGUGAGGAGUUGUCACUCGCCGGCAUUUCCGUUUUUGAUCACUUCAAUUUCCAUGUUUCUUCAGUACAUUUGUUGUAAAAAACUAUAUGCUAUGGCCGAUGUCUGAUCAAUAAAGUAGGUGCCCCAAUCCU